AUGUCAAAUAAAAGAAACGUUGAUCAGUUUUUAAUAUCUUUAAAUAAUUUAUCUAAGUCUUUAGAAGUAAAACAUUUCAAUUUUGAAAUUGAUUUGUUUAAUGAAUCAUUUAAAGAAAUUACUAGAAUUAAUGAAAAUAUUGGUCAUAUUAAAACAUUAGAAGAAAAAGAUCAAAUUAUUCUGAAUACUAAUUUAUUAGUGGCAAGUACUUUUAGAUCAUUUGUAAAACAAUUUAAAGAAAUAAUUGCUAAAGAUAAAUCAAAUUUACAAAAAGUUCUGAAUGUUGUACAAGGUAAAGAAGUAUUAGAAAGAAGUGAAUAUUAUAAUCAAGGAAGAAAGUCAUUUGAAAGAGUUAGGUUUUUAUUAAAACAAUUAUCAUUUCUUGAAAUAACUAGAAAUUUUAUUGUUGGUUUAAUUAGUUCUUAUUCUCCUAAACCUAUUGAUAAAAAUGUUCCUAUUGAAAAACAAAAAGAACUUCGUUCUAUGAUUUAUUUGUUAUUUAGUGUUUCAAAUGAAUUAACAAAAUUUAAUGAAAAUAAUUUUAAACUCGUUGGAAGACAUAUUGAGUUUACUGUUAUUUGUGAUAAAGAAGUAUUAAGAAAAUAUAUUAAAGAAAAAAGGUUAAUUACAAAUGAAUUUAUUGUAAAUGAAACAAUAGUAAAUAAAUUAGAAAAAGAAUCUAUUAAAGAAGAAGUUUGUAAUUUAUCAAGAAUAGAUGGAUAUGGAUUUCUUGGAUCUUCUUUUGAUUUUAUUAUUGACGCUUUUGAAAAAGAAAUAAAUGAUACAUUACCUGAAGGAUUUAGCUUCUCCUUUAAUAAACAAAAUAACAAAGAAGAAUAUUCUGCAGAAUUAAAACGAAGUCAACUUGUUAAUGGUAAAGUAGUUAUUGAAUUAACACGAUUCAAUAAUUUUAAACAAACCAAAACGUCAUUUACACUUCAACAAGUUGAUAAAUAUAAAUUCAAAUAUUAUGGUAAAGGUGAAGGGUCUUCAUUAUUUGGACUAAAACCAUUUGACAUUGAAAUUACUAUUAGUACUACCCAAGAUAAAUGUAAAUUAUUUGGAAUUUCAUCUCCAUGUUUUUCACAGAGAAACAGUAAUAAAAUAUUUAUUUCUUCAAGUACUUUAUCAGUAUCUACGGAAUGUAUUCAGUUUGAUAAUGUUACUUUUUUAGAUGCAAGUAAUAGCGACAUCGAUUCUUUUGUAAUGGAACAACCUGAGGUGUGUGUUCAAUUAAUUGUUUUUAAACAUGAUUUAUCUUUUGAAAUAAAUGGAGAUGAUUUGAUUUAUACAUUGACAAUGUUAUCAAAAUUUGAAGGAAGGAAUAUGAUACUUGCACUGGAAGAUACUUUUAUGAACCAAAUACUUUUAGAUUUCAUGUUGACAAAUGGUUGUACUUAUGUAUAUAAAGGAGUAACAUUUUUUGUUCAACAAAAUGUUUGCACUCAUAACAUAAAGAUUAAGGUUAAAUUGUUAGAUAAAAUAGAUACUGAUUCUAAAACAAUUUGUACAUGA